AUGAGAAGCUUCUUCAUCGUCUUCGUCUUCGUCUUCGUCACAUGUCUGUUCUUCUUCCCGGAUCCUCUGCUCGCCGGUGUACCGUACGCCGGGAGCAUCGAUCCGGGUUUCAGAGGAUCUCAGAUGAAUUACAUCAACAACGACGGUCUCUUCCUCGAAUCCAACAACUCAGACUUCGGCUUCGGUUUCGUAACCACGCAAGCAUCCGUCACUCUCUUCACACUCAGCAUCAUCCACAAAAGCAGCUCGAAACUGAUCUGGUCCGCGAACAGAGCCUCCCCUGUUUCCAAUUCCGACAAGCUCCUCUUCGAAGACAACGGAAACGUCGUCCUCCGUACAGAAGAAGGAUCCGAGGUCUGGAAACUGGAUAACUCAGGAAGAAACGCGUCGAGAAUCGAGCUCCGCGACUCGGGGAACCUCGUCGUCGUUUCCAGCGACGGAACUUCGAUCUGGGAGAGCUUUGAUCAUCCGACGGAUACUCUGAUUACGAAUCAGCCCUUUAGAGAAGGCAUGAAGCUCACCAGCAGUCCUUCCACGAGCAACAUGACUUACGCUCUCGAGAUCAAAUCAGGAGACAUGGUUUUAUCUGUCAACAGCUUGACCCCUCAGGUUUACUGGUCCAUGGGAAACGACAGAGGGAAGAUCAUCAACAAAGACGGAGUAGUGACGUCAUCGUCUCUCCUCGGGAACUCGUGGCGCUUCUUCGAUCAGAAACAGGUUUUGUUAUGGCAGUUUGUGUUUGCAGACAACAAAGACGAUAACGCGACUUGGAUCGCGGUUUUGGGAAACACCGGUGUGGUCUCGUUCUCGAAUCUCGGCAGUGGUGCGUCUGUGGCUGAUUCUUCGACCAAAAUCCCUAGCGAUCAGUGUGGCACGCCUGAGCCUUGUGGAUCUUACUACGUCUGCUCUGGUAGUAAAGUGUGUGGAUGUGUGUCCGGUUUGUCACGGGUUCGGUCCGAUUGCAAAUCAGGGAUCGCUUCUCCUUGUAAGAAAACCGACAACAAUGCAACACUGCCUGUGCAGCUGGUGAACGCUGGAGACAGUGUUGAUUACUUCGCUCUCUCGUUUGCUUCACCGUUCUCCAAGAAGACAGAUCUUGAUAGCUGUAAAGAGUUCUGCAACAACAACUGCACGUGCCUCGGUCUCUUCUUUCAGAACAGUUCUGGUGACUGCUUCUUGUUUGAUUGGAUUGGAAGCUAUAAAGCCUCUGGAAAUGGAGGCUCUGGGUUUGUGUCUUACAUCAAGGUAGCCACUAAUGGAGAUGGAGAUAACGGAGAGGACGACGGGAAACAUUUUCCGUAUAUAGUGAUUAUCGUGGUGGUGACGGUUUUUAUCAUCGGCGUUUUGAUCUUUGUUGCGUUUCGGAUUCAUAAGAGGAAGAAGUCGAUUUUGGAUGAUGAUCAUGAAGAUCAUAGCUCAGAGGAGGAUAACUUCUUGGAGAAUUUAUCCGGGAUGCCAAUUAGGUUUACUUACAAAGAUCUUCAGUCGGCGACGAAUAACUUCUCGGUGAAGUUAGGUCAAGGAGGGUUUGGAUCUGUUUAUGAAGGGACUUUACCUGAUGGUUCUCGCUUGGCGGUGAAGAAGCUUGAAGGAAUAGGUCAGGGGAAGAAAGAGUUUAGAGCUGAGGUUAGUAUCAUCGGAAGCAUUCAUCAUCUGCAUUUGGUGCGGCUGAGAGGAUUCUGCGCGGAAGGAGCUCAUAGGCUUCUUGCUUACGAGUUCUUGUCGAAAGGUUCGUUAGAGAGAUGGAUCUUUAGGAAAAGAGACGGAGAUAUUCUGUUGGAUUGGGACACAAGGUUCAACAUUGCGCUUGGAACGGCUAAAGGUUUAGCGUAUCUUCACGAAGACUGCGACUCAAGGAUCAUCCAUUGCGAUAUCAAGCCGGAGAACAUCCUCUUAGACGAUAACUUCAACGCCAAGGUAUCUGAUUUCGGACUCGCUAAGCUCAUGACACGCGAGCAGAGCCAUGUUUUCACGACUAUGCGUGGGACGAGAGGCUAUUUGGCACCAGAAUGGAUCACGAACUACGCGAUCUCGGAGAAGAGCGAUGUUUACAGCUACGGGAUGGUGUUGCUUGAGCUGAUAGGAGGGAGAAAAAACUAUGAUCCGUCGGAGACUUCAGAGAAAUGCCAUUUUCCUUCUUACGCUUUCAAGAUGAUGGAGGAAGGGAAGCUUAUGGAGAUUGUUGAUGGGAAGAUGAAGAAUGUUGAUUUGAAUGAUGAGAGAGUGCAGAGAGCGAUGAAGACUGCGCUUUGGUGUAUACAAGAAGAUAUGCAAAUGAGACCGUCGAUGAGCAAAGUAGUUCAGAUGCUUGAAGGAGUGUUUCCGGUUGUUCAGCCUCCGACUUCUUCCACUUUGGGAUCGAGGCUUUACUCGAGUUUCUUUAAGUCGAUCAGUGAGGACGGUGGUGGUACUUCAUCUGGACCGUCGGAUUGUAACAGUGAGAAUUAUCUCUCCGCCGUGAGACUCUCCGGUCCGAGAUAG